AACUGAGAUCGACCCAUACGAAGGAUUGUUCGGCGCGUCGAGCUGCAGGUUGGCCUCUGAUGCUGAGCGCGUCAUGGGAUACACCACGCUUUGGAAGCGGCUCACACCGCGGCAACUGAGUGUUGCCAUUCACAUAUUCUCUCUCAUCUCAAUAUUCUUCGAAGGCUAUGAUCAGGGCGUCAUGGGAGGCGUCAAUUCCUCCCCUACCUACGUGACGUUGGUCGGUAUCGGCACCGCGGAUGGAAAGGUCACCGACACAACGCAUCAGGGGGGGCAUCGUCAGUGUCUACUAUUUGGGCGCGAUCUUUGGCUGCUUCGCUGGCGGAUGGCUUGCAGACCGCGUUGGACGUAUCAAUGGACUGCUGGCAGGGUCUUUGUUUGCCUUGGUGGGCGGAGCCCUGCAAGCUGCCAUCACAAACUCAAAUUUUAUGAUCUGCGCCAGAGUGGUGACAGGGAUUGGCACCGGUGCGAGACCCAUCCUCGUAUAACUUUGACUAAGAUUAACUCGUGGGGGGGGGGCGGCUCUCUAGCUUUGACCGGUAUCACCCCGGUAUUGGUAUCUGAAACCUCGACAGCGAACAAUCGAGGAGGAUUCUUGGGCUACGUUUUCAUUGCCAACUAUCUAGGAAUUUCUGUUGCAUAUUGGAUCUCGUUCGGCCUUUCCUUCAUCAAUCAUGGAUACUCCGACGUUCGAUGGCGUUUCCUGCUCGCUUUUCAGUGUUUUCCCGCCCUCCUUCUUGCACUGUUCAUCAAAAUGCUGCCCGAUAGCCCUCGAUAUUUAGCCUCAGUCGGAAGAACGGACGAGGCGCAUGAACUGUUGACGCUUUUACGUAAAGACAAGGCUACGCCGGCGGAGAUCGAUCGUGAAUACCUCGAAAUUAUAACUACGGCGAAGUACAGCAAGCCAAGCUCGCCUUUGCAAUUUGCAAAGAUUUUGUGUGGAAAGGGCGGAGAUAAAGGUACAAAUCUGGGCCGCCGAGCAUGGCUAUGUAUAUGGCUUCAGAUUAUGGCGUCUUGGACAGGUAUCACGGCUGUUACUGCGUAUGCUCCGGUGCUCCUCGAACAGGCCGAGUACACGAAAAUCCAGAUUGCUGGUCUCGCAGGAGGUGUUAAUACAGUUGGAAUACUAGGCACCAUUAUAAGUGCUCAGAUCGUUGAUCGCCUGGGUCGCAGAGCGUGUCUGAUGGGUGGAUCGGCUAUGCUAUUUGCAGUCAACCUGAUUGCCGGUGCGGUAUAUGAAGCAUCGUACCACCAUCCAGCGGAUGUCAAGGCAUAUGCACCUGCCGCAGUCACAAUGCUCUUCUUGUUUAAUCUAGGUUAUGCUGCUACAUGGGGCACUGUCGCUUUUUUGAUCCCCACUGAAAUCUUCCCCAGUGACCUGCGAGCGCAGGGGAAUGGAUUUGGAAUUACUGGCUGGGCCAUUGGUGUGGGGAUGACUACUCUGGUGAAUCCCAUUAUGUUUGGCCACCUUUUUAGCCGGAGUUAUUUCCUGCUUGCUGGGUUAAACUUGAUUUGGAUCCCCAUUGUGUUCCUCUUCUAUCCGGAAACUCGGAACCGCUCGCUUGAGUCCAUUGAAGCUCUGUUCUCAACCAGCAGUCCCUUCCAUUGGAGUAUGGAACAGGCUUAUAAACUGCAUGGUGAUGUCCUGGCGUCGCAUGGAGUCACUAAGAACGAAACCUAUGAUUUGCCCAGGGCAUCAACAGCUAGUCAAGGCGAGCUAGAAUGCUCGGCUGCACUCACUGCUUAA